UUGUUCAAAUGUACAAAACUAAAAACUUUCUGAAUUUUGUAAAUUUAACAAUUUAUUACUUACGUGUCUUUUAGACGUCGAAAUAAAUUUGUCUACGAAAUGGUGUAUUUGUCAAGCUCUAUUAAAGAAAGUUGACCUGUAUGAACUUAGAGGUUUUUCAUUGAAAACUAAGUUCUUAAAAUAUACAAAUAUGGUUAAAUAUGAAAAAGAAAUCCGUUUUAUAUUUUAUGCUUCUUCUAUAUUUAUAUGUUACUUCAUGUUUGGAAUACUACAAGAAAAGAUUACAAGAGGAAAAUACGGUGGCGAAACCUUUACGUGUGCACUUUCCCUAGUUCUAAUUCAAUGUCUAGUAAACUUUACUUUUGCGCAAAUAUUAAUGGUAUCAUGGAAACAUGAGAAGGACACAACACGCACCAUAUACUACUUUUCAUCUGCUCUAACAUACUUGUUGGCUAUGGUUUGCUCAGUGAUGGCACUGCAAUGGGUCAAUUAUCCAACACAGGUUGUUGGAAAAGCAGCUAAACCAAUUCCAGUGAUGAUCCUUGGUGUAUUACUAGGACGGAAGAAGUAUCCACUAAGGAAAUACCUCUUUGUCUUUCUAAUUGUCCUAGGAAUAAUUUUGUUUAUGUACAAGGAUCAACCAGAGAAAUCUGUUGGUAACUCACAGGGCAUAGGUAUCGGUGAAGUGUUACUUCUCUUGUCUUUGACUAUGGAUGGAUUGACUGGUGCUGUUCAGGAGAGAAUAAAAAGUGAAUCAUCUCCAACAGCCUAUUCAAUGAUGCUUAACACAAAUUGGUGGUCAGCAAUUAUUUCGGCAUCUGGUGUCCUUCUAACUGGAGAGAUAUUUAAGUUUGUAACAUUUGUGAAUCAUCACCCGGAGAUUAUCAUUUACUUAAUUGUAUUUGCUUUGAUGGGCGCUCUGGGACAGCUCUUUAUAUUCUUUAUGGUGGCAGAAUUCGGUCCACUCCCUUGCUCGGUGGUGACAACAACAAGAAAAUUUUUCACAGUUUUAGCAUCAAUUAUCCUCUUUGGUAAUGUUUUAUCUCAACGUCAAUGGCUCGGUGCUCUGUUGGUAUUUAACGGUUUAUUUUUAGAUAUAUUUUACAGUAGAGAAAAAGCCUCGCCAGCAAAAAGUGCAAUAAAUAAAUAAUUUUAUUUAGUUUAUUGAAUAUAUUAUAAAUAAAUAAUAAUAGAAAAAUAAUAAUUACAUCAUGAAAGUCGAAAACUGAGAAAAAACGUAAAUAUCUGGAUCUGGUGCACGAGUUUGUCGGCAUGUGGGAUGUGAGCUCCGCUGAAAUCAUCCCUAACGUAAUAUCUGCCAACGGUUUGAUCCCGGUUAGCUUCGCUCACCAUCUGAGGCAAUUGGGGAUCCGGGACGAUUCU